UUCCAAACAGAGAGAAGAUUUUCUCUCCAUUCUCCUCCUCCAACCCAGGAAUCACCUAUAUAAAGCCUCUCCUCUGAACCAUCACUCAAUCGUCGUAGACACACCCAAAACUCUCUCUACCCUUCAUCAAUGGCGAUUCGUAGAACUUUUGUGAAGCGCCUCGUCAACUUCACCAACAGAGAAUCUUCCAAACCAUCAAAUGCUGUCAAAGCCCACUUCCACCGUGAGUUUCUUACAUCUCCAGACUCCGCCGCCACAGUUUUCUUCCGCCGCUUCCUCCAGCGCAGAGCCAUCAACAACCACUCCUCUCCCACUAACUUCCCCUCCUUCCUCACUCUUCCCGUCGGUGACAAGCUUCGAGAGAAGUUGAAAUCGCUGAACAUACCCGGCGAUAACCGCCUCCGACUUGACGGGCUGAGCCCGCCUCUACAUUCGCAGGCGAAGGACGAUGAGUUUGGUGUGAGUGUGAAGGAUGUGAAGAGAGUUCAAAGGUUUAUGCAGUUGGAGACGGUUAAGGAAAGACUGAGGAACAUUCCGGCGAGUACAGUUCCGUACGGCGAGUUUGUACGGAUUUGCUACGACGUGUGCGGGUGUAAAGAACUUGGGCUGGAAUUUUCAAAGGCCUUAGACGAAUCUGGCAACGUCAUCGUUUUAGGCAACGUUGUAUUCCUCAGGCCCGAUCAGGUGGCAAAAUCAGUGGAGACAAUAAUUUCCCAAUCAAUAGCCAUGCCAAACGACCCAAGAAGGAAAGAACUGGACCAACUGGAACUGCAGAAGGCCUCGAUUGACCAAAAGGCCCAAUCUCUUGUUCGUGGUGAACUCUAUUGUGGGCUGGGCUUUUUAGUCAUCCAAACAUUGGGCUUUAUUAGGCUUACUUUUUGGGAACUUAGUUGGGAUGUGAUGGAGCCCAUUUGCUUCUUUGUCACCUCUCUCCACUUUGCACUUGCCUAUGCAUUCUUUUUGAGAACAUCAAAAGAGCCCACUUUUGAAGGCUACUUUCAUCGACGGUUCAAAGCUAAGCAAAAGAAGCUUAUGAAAAGUCACAACUUUGAUAUUGAGAAGUAUCAUAAGCUAUGUGAAGCCUUUUACCCUAACUACUCGAAACGAAAUGUUGCACAAUAUGGUGAUCAUGCACAAAGGGCACUUCUUAGUUCCAUGCAUGGUUGAGUUGUACAUAGACAAUGGGAUGACUUUGAGUUAAUAUAAACAAGGAAUGAUACUGAGUUUUGUAUUUGUACAGAAGGAUUUAAAUAUGAACAGUCUUCUCGAGUUGUGAUACUUA